UUUUUGUUUUGUUUUAGUUUAAUGUGACACUGGGCAGCAUAGAUAACGCUUGUAUUUGGUAUUGGUACAUGAGUUUAAAAAAAUGUUUACAAAGAAGUUUAGUAGUGUAAUUUGGAAUUAUUUUGUGUUAAUAAAUGAUGAAUGUGCAAAGUGUAAAAUUUGUGAUGGAAAGUAUUCUCGUAAAGGUAAAGGCACAACUUCCUUAAAAAAUCAUUUACAAAGAAAACAUCCUCAAGAAUAUGAAUUAUUCUUUAAAGAGGACUCUGCUAAGAAGAAUAUCGACGAAAUAUCACAGCCCGGAACAUCUUUACAAACGGUAAAAAGAGAAUUUAAACAGACUUUUUUUAAAGAAUACAUGGAAAAAGCUAAAAUGUGGGAUAAUACAAACCCCAAAUCAAUAUAAAUAGACUAUUUGAUUGCUGAAAUGUUAGCUUUAUCAGAUCUACCUUUUCAACACGUAGAAGAAUUAGGGUUCCGCCGAUUGAUGGACCAUAUUGUUCCAAAUUAUGUUUUAAAAGGUAGAAAGUAUUUUACGGACCUUGUUUGUAGUGAGCUUUUCGAUAAAGUGUCAUUAAAAAUAAAAGACAUGUUACAAGAUUUUGAGAAAGUUUCCUUCACAUCAGAUAUCUGGUCUGACUCUUCAUCAGGAGUUUCAUUGUUAUCCUUAACAUGUCAUGGUAUUACUAAAGAUUUUCAACUAAAACAUAUGGUUUUGAAAGCGGAAGUUCUUGAAGAACGUCACACGGGAGAUAAUAUUUCGGAAAUAUUUCAAAGUAUGUUAGAAGUAGAGAUGUAACGACUCGACUUUUCAAACCGGUUCAAACCGGUUUGAGCAUGGACCGAGUUGAAUCGGUUAACGUCUUCGUAAACCGGUUCUACCGUGGCAAUCGUUCGUAUCGCGCUGCGCGCAUGCGCGCCUGUCAAUUCUUGUUUAUGCCGCCAUCCACAAAUCGCGUGCGGCUCCUGACGUGCUUUACCGACCCUAAUAAAACUUGACCGACCAAUACGAACCGACUUACAGCAGCGGAUACGGUUAGUGCGCAUCGUCAAUUUAAAUACAACAGCCAUAACCGACUUACCGACCGAACCGAAAUGAAACGGACUCUGGUAGAUUUGACUGACUUGACGGUGUAAUUUUGUUUUCAUUAUUAUGUAAUAUGCGACGUAAUUGCCCAGCUUCUAAAAAAAUAGACCAAAUAUUAUUCCUAAACAGUUGUAAGAAAACUUUUUAAUUAAGUUGUUUGUACCAAAUUAAGUUUCUACGACUCAAAUGAUUUUACAAAAAUAAGUUACGUGUUUAUUAUAUUGUUGAUUAUUAAAAUUGUAUUUUAUUCUCAAAGUUAAGAAGUACGGUUUUAUGUAAUUAAUAGAGUUUACAUAUUUUUUUGUAAUUUUUUAAACACGGUAUUACAUAAAUAUUUGUUUAUUUUGACAUUUUUAAUUCUGAUUAUUAUUAUUUGUUUCCAUAUUUUAAUUGUUAUUUUUCAAUUACCUUUAAAUAUCAACAAAAUAUGUAGAAUAAAAAAAAAUAGCACCUGUUGUUUCGUAAGUUUCAUUCGUCAACUCGUCAAACGGUUCAAACCGCGGUUUACUGAAAAUUUGGCGGUUCGGUUCGGAAACCGAUUUGCAUGUAUUACUAACCGAUCAAAUCCGGUUUGUCAAAAUUCAAGACCGUAACAUCACUAGUUAGAAGAAUGGGGAAUUUCGAAACAAAAUGUGCACUGUAUGGUUAGAGAUGGGGGAUCCAAUAUGAAGCGCGCUUGUUAUUUAUCUGAAGUGUAUAGUAUCCACUGUACAGCACAUUUGUUACAUUUGGUGGUUAAAGAAGCAAUUAAAAAAGUUAAUGAAAUUUCCAUAUUACUUACAAAAUGUAGGAAAAUUGCUGGACAUUUCUACCAUUCCACGAUGGCGAAGCAAGAAUUAGAAAAAUAGAAAAAACAAGUUCGACUCAAUCAAAAAGUUCUAAAAGUUUUCCAAGACUCACCAACACGCUGGAAUUCCAGCUAUUAUAUGUUGGAAAGACUCGAUUGCAUCAAGCAUUCGUUGUCACUUUAUUCUUCUAAUAAUAAAAUAGAACAAUUUGAUGCCGAUGAAGAAUUAAUAAAAGUGCUGAAGCCUUUGGAAGACACUACAAAAAAAUUGAGCUCACAAAACACGUGUAUAUCUGACGUUAUUCCUCUAGUACGAGCAUUGAGUAAAAUCUAUGACGAGAUUCAGAAAAAAUUGCAUGUCAGUGUAUCCGCAGUUAUGACUGAGUUUGUGUCUGCUUUGAAGAAUGAAUUAGAGUAUCGUUUUUCUGAAAAUGAUAAAAAUGUUUUGUUUCAAGUAGCCACAUUUUUAGACCCACGUUACAAAGGGAAAUGUUUCAGUGAGAUUCUCAUAAGAGAAAUAAAAGAAAAAUUGCUUACAGUUUUAGAAACUGAAGUAAAUCUCACAGCAACUACAAUCAGUACUGAAGACAAACCAAUUACUGUUAGAAAAGAACAUUGCACGAGCCUAGAAGAGUCUAUUGCUAAGAUGUUAGAUAGUGAUGAUGACGACGAGCAAUCUGAAAAUCAAAUAUCAGAUACGAAAGGCAAUUUGCUCAUCGAAUAUAUGUGAGAAAAAAGAUUACCAAGAGAUCAAUAUCAACUAAAUUAACAGUAAAAAGUUUGGAGUUCUUAGUCACAUUGCUCGCACAUAUUUAUCAUCACCUGCAACAAGUAUUCCAAGUGAGCAAUUUUUUAGUGCAGCACAAAUUUUUUAUGAUCCUCAUCGUAACAGACUUUUGGGGGACAAAGCUGCCAAGUUACUCUUUUUGAAGUAUAAUUUACCAUUACUAAAUUUCAAUUAUGACUUAUAAUUUUUUUAAGUUCCUCUAAUUGUCAUUGUGAUUUUUAUCUAACAUUAACACUGUAUGUGUCGUCACGCAGUACUAGUUUACUUGAUUAAAAAAUUAUUUAUUUCGAAUUUAAAGUAUUACGAAGAUCUAAGUUUUGUUUUCUUAAAAAAAAAUUAAAAAGUGAUCUUAUAACUUUUUAUAAUAUUGAUCUCAUUAAAAAGCUAGUUGAUUUAGUACCUUAUAUACUAUUGGUAUGAUAACUAACUAUGGCAAAGUUUGCAACAUAAAGGAGCC